AUACCCUUGCACCCCCUAAAUUUUUAUGUUAUCUGAAGCUUUCACUGUUGAUCCACUUUUGAAUGUAAAAACUUAUUCUUCACCUUAUGCUCUAUACAAUCCAUAUAUUCUGCGUUGUGUUUAUUUCUAAGUUUUUGCAUACCUCAGAUGGCUGCUGCGAUCUGUGCUUUGCUAUGGAUUGCCUUAUAAUUAUAUUGCUCCCAUCUAGGUCAAUUUGUUGCACGUUUAAAGUUCACUUUGCUUGUGAAGAAAAGAGGCACUCAUGCAUUGACAUCAAGUCCAAAACAGGAGGUACGCCCCAUGUCCUCAAGUGGAGAUAACUCUGAUUUGAUGAAACUGAUGGCCACAGAACGUGUCGAAGGGAAAGGCAAGGAAUCUACUUCACGAAUAUUAUCUUAUUGUGGGCGAUUGCCAGUUGGAGUGGAGUCAUCUGGUGUGAAGCCAACUAUAUUUGAUGUGUCCUGGAACCGCAAGUUGUCAUCUAAAUUUUGGGGUCAAGCUGGUGAUGCCAUUGCCUGCACCGGGACAUUUGGAACAUGUAUAUUUGUUCGUUCACCAUCUCUUAGGAGCAUGAAUUUACAGGGAAAUAUUGAUGACGGCUGGACAAAGGAGGAGAUGAUCAUGAACACUCGUGGAAAGUUCUGCCGGUGGAGUUACAGUGGAGUCUUUCUUGCUGUUGGUUUUGUGAGAGAGUCUGAUCAGUUAGGUGAAAUAUGCGUAUUGGAACGAAAAGAGUCUAAACAUGGUGGCGGCUUUAUUAUCAAAUAUGUUUAUUUGGCAACAGAUGAUGGUUAUGUGGGCAUGAAUUCACUUUCAUGGUCACAUAAUGAUGGUUAUAUUCUAGUUGCAUCCAAUGAUACGCGUCAUGUCAUGGUUAUCAAGAAAGGAAUGAACAUGUUUAAGCAUAUCGAAGCAGUGAGAUUUGCAAAUAGGAAGGAUCCCCGUGAGAACUUGGUAGCAGCAUUUCAUCCCAGUCACGAUUGUUUUGUGGCUGCGUCCUCAAAUGGUGUUUUACGGUACUAUUACAAGAGGGAUAAACAAAGCUUGAGGAAUACAAAAUAUGAGUGGAAUGAUUGCAACCGGCCCUGGAGUGAUGACUGUGGAAUCACUGAUCUGUCUUUUGACGCUCUGGGUGAAAGACUAAUCUGUGCCAGGACUGACCUGAGCAUAAAGAUCUGGAACUUCUCUGAUGAGCAAAACAAAUUCUCUCCUAGCGAACUAUGUGUUGUACCAGAAGCUGGCUUGUAUAAUCUUUCUGUUAAGUCGACAAAGAAUAAGACAGGUGUAGUAGACUUAUUUGCAGUAGGAGAUGGGAGACAAACUAUCAGUAUUCAUGAGACUGAUGGACGCAAACUAUGUGAUAAUAAACAUAGUAUUGACAGUAAUGCACAUUUCCCUAAUGCUAAUGCAAUUGAUUGGCAUCGAAAGGAAGGCUCCAUUCUUGCUUCAGGUGGCUAUGAUGGGUUCGUUCUAUUUUGGACCUGUCAUUCAGAUAAUAAGAUUUCAGCGUGUUUCACUCCGAAACAGCGGAAUAGAUACUUAGAGGAUCUCCAUUACAGCCACCAGCCUCUUCCACGUGGUACCGCAAGAACAACUCUGGAAGAGUAUGACAUGGUGUGUGCUUCUUUCCGCAAUAAUAUGAAGAAGUUGAUGGAGAAGAAUGAAAACCAGGAGCGCCAAAUGGAUCAGGUGGUCACUUUGACCAGCACUGGUCUUCAUAGAUUAGAUCAAGGUGAGGUGCUGAGUCCGACAGAGGUGAGGGAGUAUCUUCACAGAAUCCUGUGUUUGUGCUCGAAAAAGGUUGUGGAUGCAUAAGAGUUAUGUAAUAUAUUUGUAAUUUGCCCUCUCCUGUGGCAUACUAAAUGAAAUAUGCAAUAUACUUAUAAGUUCUUGAUGUA